AUGAAGGCCUUCAUCUUCCUCGCUCUCCUGGGAGCUGCUGUUGCUUUCGCCACGGACGAUGAUGACAAGAUCGUCGGGGGCUACACCUGCCGGGAGAAUUCUGUACCCUACCAGGUGUCCCUGAACGCAGGCUACCAUUUCUGCGGUGGAUCCCUCAUCAGCGACCAGUGGGUGGUGUCCGCAGCUCACUGCUACAAGUCCCGGAUCCAGGUGCGUCUGGGAGAAUACAACAUUGAGCUCCUUGAGGGCAACGAGCAGUUCAUUAAUGCUGCCAAGAUCAUCCGCCACCCCAAGUACAACGCAGCCAACAUCGACAACGACAUCAUGCUGAUUAAACUGAGCUCCCCCGCUACCAUGAGUUCCCGUGUAUCCUCCAUCGCUCUGCCAAGAUCCUGUGCUCCCGCUGGCACCCAGUGCCUCAUCUCUGGCUGGGGCAACACCGAGAGCAAUGGCUACAAGUACCCCGAACUGCUGCAGUGUCUGAAUGCCCCCAUCCUCCCCGACUCUGUCUGCCACAAAGCCUACCCGGGCGAGAUCACCUACAACAUGCUCUGUCUGGGCUUCCUGGAGGGUGGCAAGGACUCCUGCCAGAAGGACAUUGGUGGCCCCGUGGUCUGCAAUGGAGAGCUCCAGGGCAUCAUCUCCUGGGGCUAUGGCUGUGCUCAGAAGGGCAAACCCGGCGUCUACACCAAGGUCUGCAACUACGUGGACUGGAUUCAGCAGACCAUCGCUGCCAACUAG